AUGGAUCGGUACCUGCUUCUGGUCAUCUGGGGUGAAGGACGGGUCCCGGCCUCGGCUGAUGGGGAGGCGGAGCCUGGACCCCGGGCUUCUGCUGCAGAGGGUGCGGAGAAACCGCCGGACCUAACAGCAGCAAGUGUUUAUCACCUUCUGAAAAGAAGCAUUAAUGCUUCAAUUAAUCCAGAAGAUAGUACUUUCCCUGCCUGUUUGGUGGGUGGAAUACCUGGUUCCAAGAAAUGGUUCUUUGCAGUGCAAGCAAUUUGUGGAUUUUAUCAGUUUUGUAGCUCUGACUGGGAAGAGAUGCAUUUUGGUGUGGAACAAGAUGAAAUUGAAGAUCUUCUUCAAACAAAUAUUGAAGACUAUUUGAGUACUGCUGAGUGUUUUGAAGAAGAGGACAAUAGUAGGGAAUCAGUAUCCUUGACGGAGCUAUAUGAAGAAUCUGCAGAAAAUUUGCAUCAGUUAUCGGACAAACUUCCUGCUCCUGGUAGAGCAAUGAUAGAUGUAAUACUGUUGCUUUCUGACAAAAGCUCCCCUAAAUUGAAAGACUGCUUACCUGCUAUAGGAGCCUUAAAACAUUUGAGGGAAUGGUAUUCAGCAAAAAUUACUAUUGCAGGAAAUCACUGUGAAAUAAGUUGUCAGAAAAUUGCAGAAUACCUUUCUGCUAAUGUUCUAUCCUUAGAAGAUCUCAAAUAUGCUGUUGACUCAAAGGAAUUAUGGCGGGGAAAGAUUCAAAUAUGGGAAAGAAAAUUUGGAUCUGAAGUUAGUUUUCCUGAAUUUUGCUUAAAAGGAGUCACACCUAAGAAUUUUAGUAUAUCUAAUUUAAAAUCUUGCUUUCUUGCCAAAAAGACAAUACCAUCAAAGGAUAAGACUAAUUUGCCGAAGGUUUUCCAUUAUUAUGGCCCUGCUUUAGAAUUUGUGCAGCUAAUAAAAUUAUCAGAUCUACCCUCCUGUUAUAUGUCGAACAUUGAAUUUGAGUUAGGAUUGACAAAAAGCAAUACCAAACAGAAUUCCAUAUUAUUUAUGGAACAGAUUUCUUCUCUAUGUGACAAGGUUGGUGCUCUUUUUGUACUGCCGUGCACUGUCAGUAAUGUGCCUGUUCCACCUCCCAGCCAGCUCAGUUCGAGAAAAUGGAAGGAGUAUAUAGCGAAAAAGCCCAAGACAAUUAGUGUUCCAGAUGUUGAAGUGAAAGGAGAGUUUUCUAGCUACUAUCUGUUGUUACAAGGGAAUGGUAAUAGCAAAUGUAAAGCCACAUUGAUUUAUUCAGCCAACCAGAUCAAUGGCUCAUUUGCACUCAGUCUAAUUCAUGCAAAGAUGAAAGCAAAGCCAGAAGAUGCUGAGCUGAGCUUGCCUUUUGACUUACUGCCACUUCCAGUUUUUUCUGGAGAGCAGCUUAUACAGAGAGAGAAAGAGUUAGCUGAUGUUCAAGCCUUCGCUUUGAAAGAAUGUCUAAAAAGGAAAAAGUUGGCAAAGCAGCCUGAAGUAGUUUCUGUUGAUGAACUAAAGAGUCUAUUAACACUCACGAGGGAACAAUUUUUAAAUCAUUUUGAUGCUGUAAUUCCUAAAAAGAUUCUGAUGAAGGCAGAUGAAAUUAAAAUCUCCAAUAUGUUAAAUGAACCUAGUCCAGAGGAACCUGUUUCUUCAUGUCUAAUGGAAAAUAAUCCUCUGGAGUGGCCAGAAAGGCAUGUUCUUCAAAAUUUGGAAACUUUUGAAAAAGCUAAACAAAAAAUGAGAACUGGCUCAUUACCUCUUUCAUCUGAACAGUUGCUGGGCCAUAAAGAGGGUCCACGGGAUUCAGUCACUUUGUUAGAUGCUAAAGAAUUGCUGAAAUUCUUUACCUCAGAUGGUUUGCCAAUAGGAGACCUCCAGCCUUUGCAGAUUCAAAAAGGGGAAAAGACUUUUGUUCUGACACCAGAACUUAGUCCUCGGAAACUUCGGGUUUUACCUUUUGAAAAAGCUUCGGAAUGUCACUAUCAUGGAAUUGAAUAUUGCUUGGAUGACCGGAAAGCAUUAGAAAGAGAUGGGGGAUUUUCUGAACUUCAGUCUCGCCUCAUUCGUUAUGAAACGCAAACCACUUGCACCAGAGAAACUUUUCCUGUGCCUGCCGUAUUGAGCCCUCUUCAGUCUCCUGCAGUCUUGUCAGAGCCGGGUAGUGUCCCUGAUGGAGAAGCUCUACAAAGUGAACUCAGAACUGAAGGGUCCCGAUUAAAAAGGAGAUCAAAAGAUCUGAACGGCAUUUAUCCUAGCAAAAGACUUGUGAAAUCAGAAAGUCUGGACUCCAUUCUUCCUCAGACAAGUGGCAGUGUAAAGCCUCGCCAUGCAGGGACAUCCAGAAGGUCACAGGCAGAGCAGUCGCUACCUAAGCUUUGUCCGGUUCUUAGUGCUGAAACUCCCAAGGUCAUUCCAAAAGCCAGCUUAAGACAAAAAAAUGUACCCGAAGCAAAAACAUCGAGACAAAUAAAGGAAUCAAGAUCACAGAAGCACACACGGAUAUUGAAUGAAGUCGUUACUAAAACCCUGGAGAAACACAGUAUUCCUGAGGCUCAUGAAUGUUUCACUGCCUGCAGCCAGCGUCUCUUUGAGAUCUCGAAGUUCUAUUUAAAGGAUCUUAAAACUUCAAGGGGUUUAUUUGAAGAAAUGAAGAAAACAGCAAACAAAAAUGUUAAACAGGUGAUUGAAUGGGUGUUAGAAAAGACAAGAAAGUAA